AACGGUGAUGGAAAGGACGGAGAAUCGCUGAACGGUCGAAUAUUGAUGACGAACAGAGCCGAGUGGUGGCGGAAAUGGCCGAGGGUCGACGAUGGGGCCAAGGAUUGACGGAAAGAACUGAUAUUGAGCAGGAGGGCCGAGUAGCGGCGGAAAGGGCCGAGGACUGAGGGAAAGAGCCGAGGGCCUACCCGGAGCGCAGGGCACCGCGGGGCUCCUGGGGCUGAGGCUUCCUGAGCUGAAGCAUGGAUCCUCCAGAGCCACCUGCCCCCGCUGCACGAGAAAGCGAAGUGAAAUAUGGCAGGAACAACGAGGAGGAAGGAGAACGGCUCGAUUUUGACAGCGGAGAUGAAGUUCCAGAAGCAGACAGACAAGCCCCGGGCGUGCCCUCGGUCGGUGAUGCGGGAGCAGAUGCCACAUCCAGCAGCUCAGGAGGAGAAAACGGCCCAGGGACCGACAUGGCCCUGCUGGUUGUGCCGGUGGAACCGACUAAGCUUGCGGCCCCAGCCAGAGUCAGCCCUUACUCCGUCAUCGACAUCACGCCCUUCCAGGAGGACCAGCCCCGGCCCCCGGACCCGGAGGUGGAGGGCGACAGCGUGAGCCUGCACGUGCCCAGCGGCUACGUGGUGCCAGUGCCCUGCGGCUACGCGGUGCCCUCCAGCCUGCCGGCGCUCCUGCCCGCCUACUCCAGUCCCGUCGUCGUGCACACCCCGGCCCCACACGAGGAAGCAGAAACACCGGAAGUAGCAGAAGACAGCCAGUUUAAUUCUCUGAGUUCUGAGGACCCGCCAAGCAGCGAGGAUCGGGUCCGCGUGGAAGACAGCGCCCUCGCCCGGUGGGCUGCAGAUCCGGCCAACACCGCGUGGAUGGACAAUCCAGAAGAAGCCAUUUAUGACGAUGUGCCAAGAGAAAAUUCAGACUCUGAACCAGAUGAAAUGGUUUACGAUGAUGUUGAGAACGGAGAUGAAGGUGGAAACAGCUCUUUGGAGUAUGGAUGGAGUUCGAGUGAAUUUGAAAGUUACGAAGAGCAGAGCGACUCCGAGUGCAAGGACGGGGUCCCCAGGUCCUUCCUGCGUAGCAACCACAAAAAGCAACUUUCCCAUGACCUAACCCGUUUAAAGGAGCACUAUGAGAAAAAGAUGAAAGAUUUGAUGGCAAACACAGUGGGAGCGGUAGAGAUUCAGCAGCUAAAGCAAAAACAUGAACUGAAGGUGCAGAAGCUCAUGAAGGCUGCGAAGGAAGGUACCAAGGACGGGCUUGAGAAGACAAAGGCCGCCGUGAAGAGGGGCCGCUCCUUCAUUCGCACCAAGUCCUUCAUUUCACAAGAUCACAGGCCUGGCCUGGAAGAGGAGCAGGACUUGUUCAUCGAGGUUGACUGCAGGCACCCCGAGGCCGUCCUGACCCCAAUGCCAGAGGGUUUAUCUCAGCAGCAGGUUGUAAGAAGGUAUAUUCUGGGUUCGAUUGUCGAGAGUGAAAAGAAGUACGUAGAGGCCCUCACAAGGAUUUUGGAGCAAUACGAGAGGCCGCUGUCCGAGAUGGAGCCCAAGGUUCUGAGCGACCGGAAGCUGAGGGUGGUGUUCCGCCGUGUCAAGGAGGUCCUGCAGUGUCACUGCAUGUUCCAGAUCGCGCUGGCCAGCCGCGUGGCCGAGUGGGACUCUGUGGAGAUGAUCGGAGACGUCUUCGUGGCCUCGUUUUCCAAGUCCAUGGUGUUGGACGCGUACAGUGAGUACGUGAACAACUUCAGCACGGCUGUGGCGAUCCUCAAGAAAACAUGCGCUACAAAGCCCGCGUUUCUGGAAUUUCUGAAGCAGACCCAGGAGUCCAGCCCCGACCGCGUCACCCUCUACAGCCUGAUGAUGAAGCCCAUCCAGAGGUUCCCUCAGUUCAUCCUGCUGCUUCAGGACAUGUUGAAGAACACGUCCCGAGGACACCCAGACAGGCUGCCCCUUCAGAUGGCGCUGACGGAGCUCGAGACAUUAGCAGACAAGUUAAAUGAAAGAAAACGAGACGCUGACCAGCGCUGCGAAAUGAAACAAAUAGCAAAAGCCAUAAAUGAGCGAUACCUGAACAAGCUUCUCAGCAGUGGAAACCGAUACCUCAUUCGAUCUGACGAUAUGAUAGAGACCGUUUACAAUGACAGAGGAGAAGUUACGAAAACCAAAGAACGCCGGCUCUUCAUGUUAAAUGACGUGCUGAUGUGUGCCACAGUCGGUGCCCGUACCUCACAUGACAGCAGUGCCCUCACGCCGACCAGCCAAAGGUACCUGCUGAAGUGGAGCGUCCCCCUGGGACACGUGGAGGUGAUCGAGUACGGCCGGAGCGCGGGUGGAAGCGAGCUCAGCCGAGGCGCUGCACCACACCCCCCCGGGAGCCUGGCUGUGGUGGCCGGCGUGAAGCCACACAAAGUUUACAUGGGGCCCGGACAGCUGUACCAAGAUUUACAGAACCUCCUGCACGACCUGAAUGUGGUCGGUCAGAUCACGCAACUCAUCGGAGACCUGAAAGGACACUACCAGAACCUGAGCCAGUCAGUGGCCCACGACUGGACAUCGGGUCUGCAGAGGCUUAUUCUGAACAAAGAAGAGGAGAUCCGAGCCGCCGGCUGGUGCAGGGUCCAGCUUCAGCUCCCGGGCAAGCCGGACAGGUCUGGGCGGCCAGCUUUCUUUACAGCUGUGUUCAGCACCUUCACGCCUGCCGUCAAGGAGUCCUGGAUCAGCAGCCUGAAGAUGGCCAAGCUCGCCCUCGAGGAGGAGAACCACAUGGGCUGGUUCUGUGUAGAGGACGACGGGAAUCAGAUCAAAAAGGAAAGACACCCUCUCCUCGUGGGGCACAUGCCGGUGACGGUGGCCAAGCAGCAGGAGUUCAAGAUCGAGUGUGCCGCUUACAACCCUGAACUGUCCCUCAGCAGCGGGGGCCAGUCGGACUCCAGGCCCACGGCCCCCGGCUUCCUGUGGAUCGGAAGUUGUACCAGCCAAAUGGGUCAAAUUGCCAUCGUCUCAUUUCAAAAUUCCACCCCGAAAGUCAUCGAGUGCUUCAACGUGGAAUCCCGCAUCCUGUGCAUGGUGCAUAUCCCUGCGGACGAGCCUAGCGCCACCGUGGAGCCUGAGACCCCGGUGGGAAAAGCGCUGGUCCCCACCAUCUGCUUAGGGACCGAGGAGGGGAGCAUUUCCGUUUAUAAAAGCAGUCAAGGCUCCAAGAAAGUGCGUCUGCAGCACUUCUUCACCCCCGAGAAGUCCACUGUCAUGAGCCUGGCCUGCACGCCACGGAGCCUGUACGCGGGCCUCGUCGACGGGGCCGUGGCCGUCUACGCAAAAGCAGAAGAUGGAUCCUGGGACUCUGAGCCUCAGAAGGUUGUCAAGUUGGGUGUGUUGCCAGUGAGGAGCCUGGUGAUGACGGAAGACAUGUUGUGGGCGGCGUCCGGGGGCCAGGUUUUCAUCAUCUGCGUGGAGACGCACGCUGUGGAGAACCAGCUGGAGGCCCACCAGGACGAGGGCAUGGUGGUGUCACACAUGGCCGUGGCCGGCGUGGGGAUUUGGGUCGCCUUCACAUCCGGGUCCAUGCUUCGCCUCUUUCACACCGAAACUCUCCAGCACCUGCAGGACAUCAACAUAGCCACCCCUGUGCACCACCUGCUACCAGGGCACCAGCGGCUGUCGGUGACCAGCCUGCUCGUCUGCUACGGCUUGCUGAUGGUGGGCACCAGCCUGGGCGUCGUGGUGGCCCUGCCCGUGCCUCGUCUGCAGGGCAUCCCCAAAGUGACCGGGAGAGGCAUGGUCUCCUACCACGCGCACAAUGGGCCUGUCAAGUUCCUGGUCGUGGCCACCACCGUCCCCAAGACAGACAGGGACAAGCCCAGGGACAGCCCGCCCCCCGGCAUGGAGCCCCCGGAUGGAGAGCAGAAGGACGAGGUCCCCAGCGACGGGGCCAGGCCCUGCUUGGGUCAGCGCAGCCCCGAUUCCCUGUGGCUGGGGGGUUCGCUGGGUUCUGUGACACACGGAAGUGAGCUCUCAUCGUCCACCGCGUCCCUGGGGCCCAGGUCCGAGGACGGCACCAUGUACGACCUGCUGCGGCACCCCGGCAUGGCACCUGGGGGAGGGCGGCGAGCCAGGAGGGCGAGGGUCAGCUCGGUGCUGGUGGCGACGGGCGGCCAGGGCCACCGGCGCCUGGGCAGGAAGGCCAGGCCGCAGCGGCCCGAGGAGCUGGCCUCCUCCAUCAUGGUCUGGCAGAUCCCCCUGCUCAGCGUGUGAUGCUGCGGCCGCCCUGGUCAAGUCAGUGAGGACCAGUCUUCGGGGAAGAAAUGUGCAAUAGCACGUGGGUGGCGUUUCCUGCCUGGUUCCUUCUCUUGCUCGCAGCACAGCGGGACACAAACGUUUCUUGCGAAGGCGGCAGGCGGAGGCGAAGCAUGAGUGAGGGGACUGUCCCCGCCUGGCCCUGUCCUUCUACAUGGGGCGUGUGCCGACCAGGGAACGUGCAGCGUGUUUAGCAGCGUGGGAGUGCACUGACCGUUGUGGACGUCGUCUCGCUCGGUUCAGAGCUGCACGUCCUCGAACCCAGGAACAGCAAGCAGCGUUGGUAACGACGAGGACAGACAGGUAACACGGCCCGGCCCCAGAGUAUUGGCUUUCUGAACAAGCCGCAUUCCCCAAAGUGGUAUCAUGUGCGUACUGUAUAGCUUAACAAAGUAGUAUUUUUGUAUUGCAUUUUGUCUGUUAAAAAUUAACAAUUAAUGUUUCAGUCAAUAUAUUAUAUGUAACAUUUCACAGGUAAUGUUUGCUUUGAACCAAAUGCUCAGUACCUGUCAACACUGAGGCUCCACAUCGAUGCUAAAACGUUCUCUCUGUCGCCUGUGAAAUGGCAUUAAUAUCCAUGGUAGAGGCACAGAUGUCUUAGUCCCCAGGGAGAGCGUGGGAAGUGUCUUGUCCCUUCUUGCAGGCUGUUCCUCGCACCUGUGACCUGAAAUGCUGUUUGUGUUUAAGUUCAUGGUGCUGGUGGGUGCGGCUGUGCCUUUGCUGGCAGAGGGACACAGCCCAAGAUAGGUGACACUCCGAUCGCAGGACCAGCUGUGGUGUCAGGCUGCGGGAGGGAUCAGUUAGGCUCGUAUGCUUGCUGUGCACUUACGUAUCCAUCUUCCACUUACUGGGUGAUUAAAACAACUAAUGCAGGCAUCACCAGAAGUAAAUUUCUUAGCACUUUACAGAUGACUAAAAAAUUGCUAAUUUUAUGACUUAGCCAAAUAUCUUCCAAGAUGCAUACAUAGCCCCAUGUGGAAGUAAUUCUCCCCCACCUUUCUUAAACUGUUAGCUGCUAUCUUAUUUCAUAAAUAAAGUCUUUUUAUUUAAAAAUA